GGAUCCUCAGGGCCCACAGCAAGUAAGCUGUGCUAGAACAAAAAUGCAAUGAAAGAAACACUGGAUGAAUGAAAAGCCCUGCUUUGCAACCCCUCAGCAUGGCAGGCCUGCAGCUCAUGACCCCUGCUUCCUCACCAAUGGGUCCUUUCUUUGGACUGCCAUGGCAACAAGAAGCAAUUCAUGAUAACAUUUAUACGCCAAGAAAAUAUCAGGUUGAACUGCUCGAAGCAGCUCUGGAUCGUAAUACCAUCGUCUGUUUAAACACUGGCUCAGGGAAGACAUUUAUUGCAGUACUACUCACGAAAGAGCUGUCCUACCAGAUCAGGGGAGACUUCAGCCGAAAUGGGAAAAGAACUGUUUUCUUGGUCAACUCUGCGAACCAGGUUGCUCAACAAGUGUCAGCUGUCAGAAUUCACUCCGAUCUCAAGGUUGGGGAGUACUCAAACCUAGAAGUAAAUGCAUCUUGGACAAAAGAGAGAUGGAACCAAGAGUUUACUAAGCACCAGGUUCUCAUUAUGACUUGCUCUGUCGCCUUGAAUGUUUUGAAAAAUGAGUACUUAUCACUAUCAGACAUUAAUCUUCUGGUAUUUGAUGAAUGUCAUCUUGCAAUUCUAGACCACCCCUAUCGAGAAAUUAUGAAGCUCUGUGAAAAUUGUCCGUCAUGUCCUCGCAUUUUGGGACUAACUGCUUCCAUUUUAAAUGGGAAAUGUGAUCCAGAAGAAUUAGAGGAAAAGAUUCAGAAACUGGAGAAAAUUCUUAAGAGUAAUGCAGAAACUGCAACUGACCUGGUGGUCUUAGACAGAUAUACUUCUCAGCCAUGUGAGAUUGUGGUAGAUUGUGGACCGUUUACAGACAGAAGUGGGCUUUAUGAAAGACUGCUGACGGAGUUAGAAGAAGCACUUAAUUUUAUCAAUGACUGUAAUAUAUCUGUACAUGCAAAAGAAAGAGAUUCUACUUUAAUUUCUAAACAGAUUCUAUCAGACUGUCGUGCAGUGUUGGUAGUUCUGGGACCCUGGUGUGCAGAUAAAGUAGCUGGAAUGAUGGUAAGAGAACUUCAGAAAUAUAUCAAACAUGAGCAAGAGGAGCUGCACAGGAAAUUUUUAUUGUUUACAGACACUUUUCUAAGGAAAAUACAUGCACUAUGUGAAGAGCACUUCUCACCUGCCUCACUUGACCUGAAAUUUGUAACUCCCAAAGUAAUAAAACUGCUUGAAAUCUUGCGCAAAUAUAAACCAUAUGAGCGACAGCAGUUUGAAAGUGUUGAGUGGUAUAAUAAUAGGAAUCAGGAUAAUUAUGUGUCUUGGAGUGAUUCUGAGGAUGAGGAUGAGGAUGAAGAAAUUGAAGAAAAAGAAAAGCCAGAGACAAAUUUUCCUUCUCCAUUUACCAAUAUUUUAUGUGGAAUUAUUUUUGUGGAAAGAAGAUAUACAGCAGUUGUCCUGAACAGAUUAAUAAAGGAAGCUGGCAAACAAGAUCCAGAGCUGGCUUACAUCAGCAGCAAUUUUAUAACUGGACACGGCAUUGGGAAGAAUCAGCCUCGGAACAAACAGAUGGAAGCAGAGUUCAGAAAACAAGAAGAGGUACUUAGGAAAUUUCGAGCACAUGAGACCAACCUGCUCAUUGCAACAAGUAUUGUAGAAGAAGGUGUUGAUAUACCAAAGUGCAACUUGGUGGUUCGUUUUGAUUUGCCCACAGAGUAUCGGUCCUAUGUUCAGUCUAAAGGAAGAGCAAGGGCACCAAUCUCUAAUUACAUAAUGUUAGCAGAUACAGACAAAAUAAAAAGUUUUGAAGAAGACCUUAAAACUUAUAAAGCUAUUGAAAAGAUCUUGAGAAACAAAUGUUCCAAGUCAGCUGACACUGGCGAAGCUGAUGUCGAGCCUGUUGUGGACGAUGAUGAUGCUUUCCCGCCUUAUGUGUUGCGGCCUGAUGACGGGGGUCCCCGAGUCACCAUCAACACGGCCAUCGGGCACAUCAACAGAUAUUGUGCUAGAUUACCAAGUGAUCCGUUUACUCAUCUAGCUCCCAAGUGUAGAACCCGAGAGUUGCCUGAUGGUACAUUUUAUUCAACUCUUUAUUUGCCGAUUAAUUCACCUCUUCGAGCCUCCAUUGUUGGCCCACCAAUGAGCUGUGUACGAUUGGCUGAAAGAGUCGUAGCUCUCAUUUGCUGUGAAAAACUGCACAAAAUUGGUGAACUGGAUGAACAUUUGAUGCCAGUUGGGAAAGAGACUGUAAAAUAUGAAGAAGAGCUUGAUUUACAUGAUGAAGAAGAGACCAGUGUUCCAGGGAGACCAGGCUCCACAAAACGCAGGCAGUGCUACCCCAAAGCAAUUCCAGAGUGUUUAAGGGACAGUUAUCCUAAACCGAAUCAGCCCUGUUACCUAUAUGUGAUAGGGAUGGUCUUGACGACUCCAUUACCUGAUGAGCUCAACUUCAGAAGGCGGAAGCUCUAUCCCCCGGAAGAUACCACGAGAUGCUUUGGGAUCCUGACAGCCAAGCCCAUACCUCAGAUUCCCCACUUUCCUGUGUAUACACGCUCUGGAGAAGUUACCAUAUCCAUUGAGUUGAAGAAAUCUGGCUUCACAUUGUCUCUGCAAAUGCUUGAGUUGAUUACAAGACUUCACCAGUAUAUAUUCUCACAUAUUCUUCGGCUUGAAAAACCUGCACUAGAAUUUAAGCCUACAGAUGCUGAUUCAGCAUACUGUGUUCUACCUCUUAAUGUUGUUAAUGACUCCAGCACUUUGGACAUUGACUUUAAAUUUAUGGAAGAUAUUGAGAAAUCUGAGGCUCGCAUAGGUAUUCCCAAUACGAAGUAUUCAAAGGAAACACCAUUUGUUUUUAAAUUAGAAGAUUACCAAGAUGCAGUUAUCAUUCCAAGAUACCGUAAUUUUGAUCAGCCUCAUCGAUUUUAUGUAGCUGAUGUGUACACUGAUCUUACCCCUCUGAGUAAAUUUCCUUCCCCUGAGUAUGAAACUUUUGCAGAAUAUUAUAAAACAAAGUAUAACCUUGACCUGACCAAUCUCAACCAGCCACUGCUAGAUGUGGACCACACGUCCUCCAGACUUAAUCUUUUGACACCUCGACAUUUGAAUCAGAAGGGGAAAGCGCUCCCUCUAAGUAGUGCUGAAAAGAGGAAAGCCAAGUGGGAAAGUCUGCAGAAUAAACAGAUCCUGGUUCCUGAACUCUGUGCUAUCCAUCCAAUUCCUGCAUCACUGUGGAGAAAAGCAGUUUGUCUCCCCAGCAUACUGUAUCGCCUUCACUGCCUUCUGACUGCAGAGGAGUUGAGAGCCCAGACAGCCAGUGAUGCUGGUGUGGGAGUCAGGUCACUUCCUGCAGAUUUUAGAUAUCCUAAUUUAGACUUCGGGUGGAAAAAAUCUAUCGACAGCAAAUCUUUCAUCUCAAUUUCUAAUUCCUCUUUGGCUGAAAAUGAUAAUUACUGUAAACACAGCACAAUUACAGUCCCUGAAAAUGCUGCACAUCAAGGUGCUAAUAGAACCUCCUUAGCAAAUCAUGACCAAAUGUCUGUGAGCUGCAGAACGUUACUCAGCGAGUCAUCUGGCAAGCUCCAAAUCCAAGUCUCAACAGACCUUACCGCAAUUAAUGGUCUUUCUUACAAUAAAAAUCUCACCAAUGGCAGUUACGAUUUAGUUAACAGAGACUUUUGCCAAGGAAAUCAGCUGAAUUACUACAAGCAGGAAAUACCUGUACAACCAACUACCUCAUAUCCCAUUCAGAAUUUAUACAAUUAUGAGAACCAGCCCAAGCCCAGCAAUGAAUGUACUCUACUGAGUAAUAAAUACCUUGAUGGAAAUGCUAACAAAUCUACCUCAGAAGGAAGUCCCCUGAUGGCUGCCAUCCCUGGUACGACAGAUGCUAUUCAAGUGCUCAAGGACAGGAUGGAUUCUGAGCAGAGCCCUUCUCUUGGGUACUCCUCAAGGACUCUUGGCCCCAAUCCUGGACUGAUUCUUCAGGCUUUGACUUUGUCCAAUGCUAGUGAUGGGUUUAACCUGGAGCGGCUUGAAAUGCUUGGUGACUCCUUUUUAAAGCAUGCCAUCACCACAUACCUAUUUUGCACUUACCCUGAUGCUCAUGAGGGCCGCCUUUCGUAUAUGAGAAGCAAAAAGGUCAGCAACUGUAAUCUCUAUCGCCUUGGCAAGAAGAAGGGACUGCCCAGCCGUAUGGUGGUGUCAAUAUUUGAUCCCCCUGUGAAUUGGCUUCCUCCUGGUUAUGUAGUAAAUCAGGACAAAAGUAACACUGAUAAAUGGGAAAAAGAUGAAAUGACAGAAGACUGCAUGUUGGCUAAUGGCAAACUGGAGGAUGAAUCUGAGGAGGAGGAGGAAGAAGAGGAGGAGGAGGAAGAGGGCCUGAUGUGGAGGGCUCCGAAGGAGGAAGCUGAGUAUGAAGACGAUUUCCUGGAAUAUGACCAGGAGCAUAUCAAGUUCAUAGAUAACAUGUUAAUGGGAUCAGGAGCUUUUGUAAAGAAAAUUUCUCUUUCUCCUUUUUCAACCACUGAUUCUGCAUAUGAAUGGAAAAUGCCCAAAAAAUCUUCCCUAGGUAGUAUGCCGUUUUCAUCAGACUUUGAGGAUUUCGACUACAGCUCUUGGGAUGCCAUGUGCUAUCUGGACCCUAGCAAAGCUGUUGAAGAGGAUGACUUCGUGGUGGGGUUCUGGAAUCCAUCAGAAGAAAACUGUGGUGUUGACACAGGAAAACAGUCCAUCUCUUAUGACUUGCACACCGAGCAGUGUAUUGCUGACAAAAGCAUAGCAGACUGUGUGGAGGCCCUGCUGGGCUGCUACUUAACCAGCUGUGGUGAGAGAGCUGCUCAGCUUUUCCUCUGUUCACUGGGGCUGAAGGUGCUCCCGGUAAUUAAAAGGACUGGUCGGGAAAAGGCCCUGUGCCCUGCUCGGGAGAAUUUCAGCAGCCAACAAAAGGGCCUUUCAGGGAGCUGUACCUCUGCUGCUGCAGCCAGCUCACGCUCCUCCGCAUGGAAAGACUUGGAGUACGGCUGCCUGAAGAUCCCUCCCAGGUGUAUGUUUGACCAUCCAGAUGCAGAUAAAACCCUGAAUCACCUUAUAUCAGGGUUUGAAAAUUUUGAGAAGAAAAUCAACUACAGAUUCAAGAAUAAGGCUUAUCUUCUGCAGGCAUUCACCCAUGCCUCCUACCACUACAACACUAUCACUGAUUGUUACCAGCGCUUAGAAUUCCUGGGCGAUGCGAUCUUGGACUACCUCAUAACCAAGCACCUUUAUGAAGACCCACGGCAGCACUCACCAGGGGUCUUGACUGACCUGCGCUCUGCUCUGGUCAACAAUACCAUCUUCGCAUCCCUGGCUGUGAAGUAUGACUACCACAAAUACUUCAAAGCUGUUUCUCCCGAGCUCUUCCAUGUCAUUGAUGACUUUGUGCAGUUUCAGCUCGAGAAGAAUGAGAUGCAAGGGAUGGAUUCUGAGCUUAGGAGAUCCGAGGAGGAUGAAGAGAAGGAAGAGGACAUUGAAGUUCCAAAGGCCAUGGGGGAUAUCUUUGAGUCGCUUGCUGGUGCCAUCUAUAUGGACAGUGGGAUGUCCCUGGAGAUGGUCUGGCAGGUGUACUACCCCAUGAUGAGGCCACUAAUAGAAAAGUUUUCUGCAAAUGUGCCCCGUUCCCCUGUGCGAGAAUUGCUUGAAAUGGAACCAGAAACCGCCAAAUUUAGCCCGGCUGAGAGAACUUACGAUGGGAAGGUCAGAGUCACGGUGGAAGUAGUAGGAAAGGGGAAAUUUAAAGGUGUUGGCCGAAGUUACAGGAUUGCCAAAUCUGCAGCGGCCCGAAGAGCCCUACGAAGCCUCAAAGCAAAUCAACCUCAGGUUCCCAACAACUGAAAACCCUUUUUAAAAACAAACAAUGCCCUAAAAAAACAAAAAAACAAAAACAAAACAAAAAAAAAAACAGAAUUAAGGGGAAAUAUUUAAAUGAAAAGGAUGAUUUAAAAUUGAUAUUGACCAGAAUGAAUUGAAGGCAGAAUUUAAAAUCUGUUUGAUAACAAGAUAGAUGACAGAAUAAAACAUUUAACGUAUGUAUAAAAUUUUUGGAACUAAUUGUAGUUUUAGUUUUUUGCGCAAACACAAUCUUGUCCUUUCUUCACUUCUGCUUUGUUUAAAUCACAAGAGUGCUUUAAUGAUGACAUUUUAGCAAAUGGUCAGAAUGAUUAUUGUGUUUUUGUUUUAUUUUCUUUUUAUAUGUAUGUGUGUUUAAUUUCUGUCUGCUUUGCUUAGCAUUAGAAUGCCAUGGAACUUAAACUUCAAACAGUCCGUACAUUUGAUAGAGUCCUCUGAACACCCUUCAUCUGUGUGAUAGUGCCAGUCCGAGGCCGGGUGGCGAGCCCGCUAGAGAGGCGUGUGCAGGAGAUGCUUGCCGGUGUGCUCUGCUUCCCAUGGUGUCUCGUGCAAGAAUGUUCUUGGUCGCUGUUGCACUUCAUAGUAAGGGACAGAUUUUUAUUCAGCCUUGGCUGGCAUGUUGGUGAAUCAAAUUUGAGUUUUCUGAUACCACAUAGUCCUGCAUAACAAAGGUUCUUGCCUUAAAAGUAAAAUCUUCAUGGGUAUUCUUUUUAAUUUCUGACCUUUUGGAACAGAAAUUAAAUGUUUUACAUUCCCUUAAUUUUUUCAUGCAUUAGUUGUUGAGACAGAGUGAUAUUUACAGCUCUGUAGUAUGGUGGUACCUUAAAUUAUUACAGGAUUAUACUAGCAUUUCUGUCAUGUGUAUUGAAGGCAUUUGAAAAACCAGAAUAUGUAGUCUAUGGAUUUUCUUAAACAUCAUAUUAAAAAGGAUCUUUGGUUAAAUACUCAAUUUUGCUAAAAACCUCCUGCUAGGUAGUUCCACUGGUGAAAAUGUUUGUGGCAAAUAAUUUUGCCCUGUAGGCUGUUGUUUUAACAAGAUAAACCUUAGACAUAUCACACCUAAAAUAUGCUGCAGAUUUUAUAAUUGAUUGGUUACUUAUUUAAAGAAGCAAAACAAAGCACCUUUACCUUAGUCUUCUCACAUAAAUUUCUUACUCUACUUUUCAAAUGUUGCAUGCACAUUUCACCUACCAAAGCUGUGCUGUUAAUGCCAUGGAAGUUUAACGAAGUUUGUGAUAAACUGCCAUAAUUUUGAUACAUCUGUGAUUUAGGUCACUAAUUUAGAUAAACUAGCUCAUUAUUUCCAUCUUGGGGAAAAGGAAAAAAACCCAAUAUUAGGCAUUUGCCUAAGUUUCUUUAAUUAGACUUGUAGACACUCUUCACUUAAAUACCUCAGUUCUUUUCUUUUGCAUGCGUUUUUUCCCCUGUUGGUGCUAUGUUUAUGUAUUAUGCUUGAAAAUUUAAUUUUUUUUGCACUGUAACUAUAAUACCUCUUAAUUUACCUUUUCAAAAGCUGUGGGUCAGUCUUGCACUCCCAUUGACAUACCAGUAGAGGUUUGCUGCAAUUUGCCCCAUUAAUAUGCUUGAAGUUUAAGAAAGCUGAGCAGAGGUCUCAUUUUUCUCGCAUGUUGUUUUUGAAGUUGAUGCUUCAUGUAAUGCUGUAUUUAUGUUUAAAUUACAAUUCAUUUUUCCUGCACCAUCCACCCGCUGAGAAACGACUAUGUGCACGUGGAGAAACUGUCAGCUCACUGUGGAGGGAACCCUGGGGAAAGGGUAUUGAGCUUCUCUAAUGUUAUUUGUUGUCUCUGAUCUUAAAUUUAAAUUGAGACCUAAAUUAUUAAAUGAGUUUUUAAGCAAAUGAAUAUAGGUGAUUUAUUUUAAAAAUAUUUAAUUCUGAUUUGGAAUUUUAAAUGUUUAUUUGAUU